GGAGCGCAGUGCUCGCCGCUUGGGAUCCCUACCUCGGGGCCGCCGCAUGGGGCUGCUGGGUCCGCUCGGGACGUGCGAGCCGAUCGCGGUGCGGAAGCCUAAAGCUUUAGGGGAACCCUGACCUAGGGAGUCUCAAUGGCCCUGGGCGAAGAAAAGGCAGAGGUGGAAGCAUCUGCAGCCGCGAAGGCCCAGUCCUGCAGGAGAUGGAGCUGCGGGGAGCGAGAGGGGGCUACUCCAGGGCCCGUGAACAGGGAGCAGCCCCCACACCUGGAAGCUGAGGGAGGGCCCAUCUCCCCUGUGUGGCGGGCAGAAGGGCCACCCGCUCCUGCCUGCUGGGCUGGGGCUGACCCUGACGGCCCCUUGGCAGCCUACCAGCCACAGGCCAGCAAUGCCAACAAAGAGCUGGUGGCUGAUGGUCUGAAGCCUGCCCCUCAUUGCCUGCGUCAUCCUGCCAGCGCGGGGACUGGAGACCUUUUGUGCUCUGUGGGAAGUCAGAUGGAGGAGACCAAGCUUUCUGCCUCUGGGGAGCUACCUCAGACUCUUAGGCUCCCUGGAACUACAGCUCUUUGCUCAGCACACGAUGCUGACACUGAAGAUAAUCCAUCCCCGGUUGAUUGGCCCCAGGUGCUAGACCUCAGCCAGCGGCCUCACAGCUCAGGGUUCCCUUUCCCAUCACAGCCGAAGUCCAUGGUGGGCCCACGUGCCGCUGCUCCUCAGCUUUCCAGCUGCAGCAUCUCGGCCUCCUCCACGGGCAGCAGUCUCCACGAUCGCCAAGAGAAGGUGGAGCCCCAGAGCUGCUCCCUUGCCAAGGUCUCCUCCUCCCUGGAGCUGGUCGUCCCCCAGGGAUCCCCCUCUGUGGCGGGGCUAGGGCCUCAGCGCCAGUGGUCACCACAGCCUGUGUCCUCUGGGGGUGAUGCUAGUGGGCUAGGCCGGAGGCGCCUCUCCUUCCAGGCUGAGUACUGGGCCUGUGUGCUGCCAGAUUCCCUGCCUCCUUCACCUGACCGCCAGUCCCCUCUCUGGAACCCAAAUAAAGAGUAUGAAGACUUGCUCGACUAUACUUACCCACUGAGGCCUGGGCCUCAGCUCCCAAAGCACCUUGAUAGCUGUGUGCUGACCAACCCUGUCCUGCAGGACUCGGGUGUAGACCUGGAUAGCUUCUCUGUCUCCCCAGCAAGCACCCUCAAAUCACCCACUAAUGUGUCCUCCAAUUGCCCACCAGCAGAGGCCACUGACCUGCCAUUUUCUGGGCCGAGAGAGCCAGGCUUUAAGCGGCGGCCCUCUGGAGUACCCCAAAAGCAGGGCAACAUGGGCUUGGCAUCUUGGAGCCAGCUCACAUCUACCCCCAGAGUCCCAGGCAAUAGGAAUGCUACCUGGGAGAGCAGAGAGCCAGCCCUGAGGGGUGCAAAGGACCGGCUACCCAUGGGCAAGCACCCCAAGGUGGGCUCUCCCCAGCUGAGGAAACGGGACAGAGGGUGGCCUUCAUCUAGGCCAGAGAGGGAGAAGAAGGCCAACCAGAGUGUCCAGCACCCUGCCUGUACAGAGUCUAGAUGGAAAGCAGAAGAGGAAGUGGAAAGUGACGACGAGUACCUCGCCCUGCCCACUCGGCUGACACAGGUUUCUAGUUUGGUUUCGUAUCUAGGAUCCAUUCCCACCUUGGUUACCCUGCCCACUGAGGCUGCCAAAGGGCAGAGCUCCCUGGAAGUGUCAGACAGUGAUGGGCCAGCUUCCUUCCCAUCGGACUCCGGCCAAAGCCAGCUUCCCCCCGGGGCUGCCCUGCAGAGGUCUGGGGAUACUGAGGGCCAGAACCACUGUUUCCUGCGUUCCUUUGUCCGUGCCCAGGACCCUGCAGGGGAAGGCAGUCUAGUGAGCAGCCAGGCCUUCGGGGUCUCCUCUGGACUGCUGAAAACACACCCCUCCUUGCCAGCUAUGUUGGACCGGUGGCCAUUCUCAGACCCAGGUGCUGAAGGGCAGCUUCCCAGGAGAGGAGAACAGGGAAAAGAGUCGCUGGUGCAGUGUGUGAAGACAUUUUGCUGUCAGCUGGAAGAGCUGAUCCACUGGCUGUAUAAUGUCGCAGAUGUUACUGACCGUGGGACUCCACCCAGGUCCAAUCUUAUAGGUCUCAAGUCUUCUCUGCAGCUUUACCGGCAAUUUAAGAAAGAUAUAGAUGAACAUCAGUCCCUGACGGAGAGUGUCUUACAGAAGGGAGAGAUUCUUCUUCAGUGCCUGUUGGAUAACACCCCAGUUUUGAAGGAUGUCCUUGGGAGGAUUGCGAAGCAGUCUAGUGAGCUGGAGAGCCAUGCAGAUCGCCUAUAUGACUCUAUCUUGGCGUCUCUGGACAUGCUGGCUGGUUGCACCCUCAUCCCUGACAAAAAGCCCAUGGCAGCAGAGCAGUGCCCAUGUGAAGGGGUUUAACCUGGCAUCUUCUCAGGCAGAGAUGCAGUCUGUCAGCCAAAUGCUGGGUGAUGAGAAAAGCUUUCUAAAGUCCUUGCAAGAGCCACUCAACACUAAAGUCAAGGGGGAAACUUAACUCUAGUAUACUAGCUUUAAAAUGCCUUUUUUUCCUGAAGGGAGGGCUCUUGAAUUACUGUUUUUAUUUACAAUGAAUCCUUCCACACUAAGGUUUUCCUUUUGGUGCUUCUCUACAAA